UAGUCGACGGGCGGCACUGUCGCCUCGCAGCAGGAAGGUCCCAGGUCACUUCUGCGUGCAGUUUGCAUGUUUGCGUGGUUUCUCUCCGUCUGUCUCCCACAGUCCAAAGUAACGCAGGUUGGGUUCAUUGGUCAAUCAAGUUACACGCAUGUGAAUAAGACCGACUGAAGGCCAGUUUAGGGUGUAACCCGUCCCAACGGCAGCUGGGAUUGACCCCAGCACCCACCCUCUAUGGAUAAGCUGUAUAGAAAUGGAAUGGAAUGAAUUAGUCAGUUUUGCUAAACUGGGCAAAUUGUUUCUAGGCUGUAACACUACAAUGUACUGGCAUGAAAGUGUUGUCAAUCUUCUCACUGACAACAAGAAAACCAACACGACUGAAUACCUUGUUCAUCAUGCAUGCAUGGCCGCCAACAUUCUCUCAUGUAAAUACUUGCAGUACCAACGAACCAAUCGGAUUACCUUAUUGAUGUCGUUGUGACGGCCCCUGAUCUACAAACAUUCCAGCUGCUUCAGUCCCUGGCGAAUACCAGUUUCCCCAUAGUACUUGAUAACAGCACAGAGAUCUCUGAGAUUAUUGUCACAACAGUGUGCUCCCCAAGAGAAGCUGGCUUCCAGUGCAGAUGUGAGGAAAACUUUGCUUGGCCGUACAGCAGUUGUGUCAAGUAUGGAGCCUGUGGUGAAAUAUCCGGAGGUAUCUGUAAAUGCAUCGACCGCAUUCCGGACGAUGGCCAGUCCUGCCAGCUGAUGUCAGCGCUGCUAACUCCGGUUGAGUACACAGUGGACGUGGAGCUGAACGUUUCAGACAUUCAGAUAGUGGACCAGCUGAGGAUCCUCCUGCAGCACGGCCCUGAACUCCUGAGCUUGGGUCCCAUUGUCAACGUCACUCACAUUAACAUCACCACAGUGUGUUCCCUAAAUGGUACAAACUUCCAGUGCAGGUGUGAGCAACAGUAUGUUUGGUCAUAUGACAACUGUCUCACAUACGGAGCCUGUGACGACAUCGUUGGAGGGACAUGUGGUUGCAUCAACAGUCUUCCUACCAACGGGCAGUACUGCCAGCCACAGACAGCCCCUCCAGUUGUCUAUGAUUACCUGGUUUCUAUUGAGCUGAACACCACAGAUGUUGGUGUCAUAGACCUACUGAGGAGCAUCAGUUACCCGAUCAGCAUUACCGACACCAUUCUAGUCUCUGACUUAAAUAUUUCUACAGUUUGCUAUCCGAGCAGCGCUGGUUACCAGUGCAAAUGUGAGGACCAGUAUCGUUGGUCAUGUGACCAGUGCUUCAAAUACGGAUCCUGUGACAACAUCACCGAGGACACGUGUGGAUGCAUCAGUGGCAUUCCCCCUGAUGGACAACACUGCCAGUCUGCUGAUCAGCACAACUUCAGAGUGUGUCCCAAUACAACAACAACUCCAAAACGAACAACUCCAAACACAAGUACCGAGGCCACACCCACAACCAUCACUACUCCACCAGUGGUUGCUACCACCACCAACACCCUGAUAGGACUCAAUGUGGAAAUGUCUGUCGAAUUAGACAGGACAUUCAACAGCAAUUUAAGCAAUCCAUUAAGUGAUGAAUACAAGACACUUGAGUCAAGUAUUAAUAAAGUGUUAGUUAGCCAGUAUAGCAGUAUCACAGGGUUUAUUAAAGUUUCUGUGACCGGCUUCAGAGAAGGGAGCGUAAUUACAGAGUUUACUGUUCAGACAUCAAACAUCAAUCUGGAUGAAGUGGCAACAGCAAAUAAAAACCUCAUCACUGCAAUAACGCCUAUUGCUCCUGUGAUUGGCUCAGUUACUGCAUUGAUUAACAGUAAAACCCCCACAAAGACCAUAAAACCAUUUCCUAUUUUCACCGGUCAAACCAUGGUGCUGAUGUGUGAGGUUUCUCCGGAGCUGAAUAUAGGAGCCAUUUCUGGCUCUAAAUGGAAAUUCAAUGGAAAGGAAAUUAAUACCAAUCAAGUAUUGCUCUCUGGCUCAACCUCAACCCUUACAGUUAACAAUGUCGCCCUUCUUGAUAUUGGACUUUACGAAUGUACUCUGACGGGUGGAGUCAUAUCGUACAGUCAAAAAAGGGCUGUAACAAACGGCGAAAUCAAAGAAACUCCCAUCAUACGACUGAAGAGAAGAGUCAAUGUUAAAUGUGGCGGGGGGGUACAGGUAAUAUCCAUUGAGUGCUGUGUGCAGUCCCCCUAUACCGUCAACUGGUUCAGGGGGUCAGAAGAUUCGGCCCUUGUUUCCUCUGCCAUUGGCGGCUGCAUCAACUAUGAUCACCGCCUUGAGAGCUGCAGCGAGCGACCACUUUUCACCUGUAAAGUUCAGAAUUUAGCAUAUGAAGAUAAAACAGAGAUUAUCGUUUUCACACAGGAAGUUGCAUGUAAGGAUGGUCAGUACGGUGAUGGACGAGACGGCGACGAAUCAACCAUAAAAUGUGACGCAGGUCUAGAAGGGUUCAAGAAGGCGCGAUGUGUGUCAAGAAAGUGGACCGUUUUCGAGGACACCUGCAUCGUAACAAGAGUCAAGGAGUUGUUUUUUGCAUCGGAGCGUUUGAAUGAAGAAACAGUGGCAGAAUUUGCGACAAAUCUAAGCACAGCUGUAGGAAAAGAAAAAACUACAAUUUUGAGGUCACCUGCAACCAUAUCCGCUACGGUUGACGUCGUAAAGAACAUUGCAGCCCAUAUUGGCGAGGUGGUCAGUGAAGACUUCAUGAGGGAUGUACUUGAAACAGUUGAUGUCAUUAUCGGUGAUGGUUCAAGAGAGUCUUGGACAACUCUGAAUGGCAAUGAAACCAGAAAUGCAAGCUCAAGUUUACUGGGCUCAAUGGAGUUGCUCGCUGGUGGAUUGGUCGGGGAGGUGGCCUUGGCGACUCAACAGAUACUGUUAAACAGAACAUCAUUCGACAACUCCUUUAGUGCAGAUCUGAAUCCCAGCAUCUUUAUAGAAAUACCAGACAUCAACCUUCGUAACGUCUUUAUAACCACCAUCACCUUUCUUACACUUAACAAUGUUAUGCCGGUGCGGAACUCCAGGAGCGUCUUGGACACCACCGGCAAUGAGAGCAGAGUUGUGGACAUUGCCGUCAACGCUGCUGUUGUGCUAGUUCAAAUAAAUGAAACAAAUCAAAAUGUUACUCUGAGCUACAGCAAGCUGAACAAGUCGCUGUCACAAGGCCCGCAGUGCGUCUUUUGGAACUUUAAACUUUUUAAUAAUCGUGGCGCUUGGGACAGUGAGGGCUGUAAAUUUGUUUCCGACAUAAACAACACGGUAACCUGUAACUGCAGCCAUCUCACCUCCUUCUCAAUUCUGAUGUCAACCAACAUCCCUUCAGGGAUAGGAUUUGCCUUGGAUGUAAUCACCUAUGUUGGUGUUGGGAUAUCUAUGGCAAGCCUAGUUAUAUGUCUAAUAAUUGAAGGAUACAUUUGGAAAGCCAUGACCAGAAAUAGCACUUCCUUCAUGCGUCAUGUUUCCAUCGUUAACAGUGCCGUGUCUCUGUUGAUUGCAAACAUCUGUUUCAUCAUCGGAGCCUCUAUUGCAGAUAAUCCCCUCGAAAACCCUGAGAGUGAUCAUUUGGUACCAGUUGGUCCAUGCAGCACAGCAACAUUUUUCAUGCACUUUUUCUACCUUGCCCUGUUCUUUUGGAUGCUGGUGUCAGGCCUACUGCUCUUCUACCGGACGGUCAUGGUCUUCUCCCACAUGUCCAAGUCAAUCAUGUUGGGGAUUGGCUUCGUAUUAGGCUAUGGGUGCCCCCUGAUUAUAGCUGUUAUUACUGUUGCUGUCACAGCACCAGUAAAUGGAUACAUCAGGAAAGACAAUGCCUGUUGGCUCAACUGGUUUGACACACAUGCCCUGCUGGCGUUGGUGAUACCUGCCUUGACCAUAGUUUCCAUCAAUCUUUUAAUAGUGUUCGUGGUCGUGGUCAAAAUGCUAAGAAGAGGUGUGGGAGACGCUGCCCAAGCAGAUGAGAGGCACACAGUGGUGGUCAUUCUAAGGUGUGUGGUCAUUUUGACUCCUUUAUUCGGACUGACCUGGGCUUUAGGAGUCGGAACCAUGAUAGACUCAACAAAUAAGGGAAUCCACAUUGCCUUUGCCUUCUUCAAUUCCCUACAGGGUUUCUUCAUUUUAGUGUUCGGGACCCUAUUCGAUUCAAGGAUCCGUUCUAUUCUGUUGAAGAAAUCACCCGCAUCAAGCAAAGGCUCAAAUCAUACAUCAAGGACUACAAGUGGUGGUCUUUCCUCUCGCAGUGGACUAAACUGGAUAAAUCGACUGCGCAGAAAAAAUAUCUACCAUGUGUCAGAAGCAGCAACCUCAACCGACACCGGUGCAUCAGAGUCAUUUAUGAAUACUUGAGUCAACGCACUCAAACUGUUAAUGAAAAGGCUUAGAAAAGCAAGCAUGACUUAGUGAACAUAAAGUUUUGAGCUAUUUAAUUAACACAUACCUUGUUUUGCUAAUUUUCUACCCAGCACAUUUCUGAGAGUUAAAUUGACUCUGAGAUUCAAUUUUAACUCUAAGCUGGUGUUUUUAUUCUCCCAAUCUUGUCAGUGUUAAAUCAACAAGUCAACGUAGUAUUAAUUUCACUCUGAGUAAGUGUCAAAAAUAAAUCGCUCAGUGUUCAAUACA